AUGCCUGCCCCCCAACCCCGGCAGCGCGCAGAUGUCCCACCCAGCCAGGACCCCCUCCUCGAAUCCAGGUGUUCCGGCUCCCAGACCCCAAUUGAGCUGGGGGCGCCCUCCCGCCGGGGACCCCGCCCUGCGUCCUCCAUUCUUCGGGGCGAAGAGUCGAGCGCGAAGGGGGCUCCAGACCAGGGUGACAGGAGGCGUGCUUCCGAAAAAGAAGUUGGCGGGGAGGCCCUUACGACGGCAAAUCUCGUAAACCUUGGGAGACACACGCUCAGGAUGCGGGGCCCCGCCCUCCUCAUCCUCCUCAUCUGCUUCAGAGGGCGCGCAGGCCCGUCGCCCCAUUUCCUGCAACAGCCGGAGGACCUGGUGGUGCUGCUGGGGGAGGAGGCCAGGCUGCCGUGUGCUCUGGGCGCCUACCGGGGGCUGGUUCAGUGGACUAAGAGUGGGCUGGCCCUAGGGGGCCAACGGGACCUGCCAGGAUGGUCCCGGUACUGGAUAUCAGGGAACGCAGCCAAAGGCCAGCAUGACCUCCAUAUUAGGCCUGUGGAGCUAGAGGAUGAAGCAUCAUAUGAAUGUCAGGCUACACAAGCAGGCCUCCGCUCAAGACCAGCCCAACUGCACGUGCUGGUUCCCCCAGAAGCCCCCCAGGUGCUGGGCGGCCCCUCUGUGUCUCUGGUUGCUGGAAUUCCUGCAAACCUGACGUGUCGGAGCCGUGGGGAUGCCCGCCCUACUCCUGAAUUGCUGUGGUUCCGAGAUGGGGUCCGGUUGGAUGGAAUCACCUUCCAUCAGACCCUGCUGAAGGAAGGGACCCCUGAGUCAGUGGAGAGCACCUUAACCCUGACUCCUUCCAGCCAUGAUGAUGGAGCCACCUUGGUCUGCCGGGCCUGGAGCCAGGCCCUUCCCGCGGGAAGGGACACAGCUAUCACACUGAGCCUGCAGUACCCCCCAGAGGUAACUCUGUCUGCUGAGCCACACACUGUACAGGAGGGAGAGAAGGUCACUUUCCUGUGUCACGCCACAGCCCAGCCUCCUGUCACAGGCUACAGGUGGGCAAAAGGGGGCUCCCCGGUGCUCGGGGCCCGCGGGCCAAGGUUGGAAGUCGUGGCAGAUGCCUCGUUCCUAACUGAGCCCGUUUCCUGCGAGGUCAGCAACGCCGUGGGUAGCGCCAACCGCACCACUGCGCUGGAUGUGCUGUUUGGGCCGAUUCUACAGGCAAAGCCGGAGCCCGUGUCGGUGGACGCGGGGGAAGACGCUUCCUUCAUCUGUGCCUGGCGCGGGAACCCGCUUCCACGCGUAAUCUGGACCCGCCGCGGUGGCGCGCAGGUGCUGGGCUCUGGACCCACGCUGCGCCUUCGGUCGGUGGGGCCCGAGGACGCAGGCGACUAUGUGUGCAGGGCUGAGCCUGGGCUCUCGGGCCUGGGGGGCGGCGCCGCGGAGGCUCGCCUGACCGUGAACGCUCCCCCAGUAGUGACGGCCCUACACUCUUCGCCUGCCUUCCUGAGGGGUCCCGCCCGCCUCCAGUGUCUGGUUUUCGCCUCUCCCGCCCCAGACGCUGUGGUCUGGUCUUGGGAUGAGGGUUUCCUGGAAGCAGGGUCUCGGGGUCGCUUCCUGGUGGAGACAUUCCCUGCCCCGGAGGGCCAUGAGGGACAGGGUCCAGGCCUGAUCUCUGUGCUACACAUUUCGGGGACCCAGGAGUCUGACUUUAGCAGGAGCUUUAACUGCAGUGCCCGGAACCGACUGGGUGAGGGAGGUGCCAGGGCCAGCCUGGGCCGUAGAGACUUGCUACCCACUGUGCGGAUAGUGGCCGGAGUGGCUGCUGCCACCACGACUCUCCUUAUGGUCAUCACUGGGGUGGCCCUCUGCUGCUGGCGCCACAGCAAGGCCUCAGCCUCUUUCCCGGAGCAGAAGAACCUGAUGCGAAUCCCGGGCAGCAGCGACGGCUCCAGUUCGCGAGGACCCGAGGAAGAGGAGAUGGGCAGCGGAGAGGACCGGGGCCCCAUUGUGCACACUGACCACAGUGAUCUGGUUCUGGAGGAAGAAGGAGCUCUGCAGACCAAGGACCCAACUAAUGGUUACUACAAGGUCCGAGGAGUCAGUGUGAGCCUGAGUCUUGGCGAAGCCCCUGGAGGAGGCCUUUUCCUGCCACCCACCUCCCCCCUUGGGCCCCCAGAGACCCCUACCUUCUAUGACUUCAACCCACACCUGGGCAUAGUCCCCCCCUGCAGACUGUACAGAGCCCGGGCAGGCUACCUCACCACACCCCACCCUCGGGCUUUCACCAGCUACAUCAAACCCACAUCCUUUGGACCCCCAGAUCUGGCCCCCGGGACUCCCCACCUCCCGUAUGCUGCCUUCCCCACACCUAGCCACCCGCGCCUCCAGACUCAUGUGUGACACCUCUGUAAUGGAAGAGGCCUGGGAUCUCCAACUUGCCAUAA